UUAUGAAUGAAUGUAGACAUUAAAGGGUACAGGAUUCCAACGCUACAAAACCGAGACCGUCAAAUCAACGCCAUGAUGUUUUAAAAGAAUCGGCGGACGAAUCGGGGCUGUCUGUUGCAUUUUUCUCUCCGGUUAAGUGGGAAGAGCAAAUAUCAGGAGAGAAAUGGCGUCGUGGAAUUCGAUUCCGCUGGAAAUUACUUACCAAAUUCUCGGUUGGAUCUCUUUCAUUUCAUGGUCCGUCAGUUUCUACCCCCAAGUCAUCUUAAAUUUUCGCCGCAAAAGUGUUAUAGGUUUGAACUUUGAUUUCGUGUUGCUUAAUUUGACGAAGCACUCCUCCUACUUGAUCUACAAUGUUUGUCUCUACUUUAGCCCUGCUAUUCAGGAACAGUACUUUCAGGAGUACGGCUAUGAUCAGAUGAUUCCUGUGGCUGCAAAUGAUGUGGCAUUUUCUAUACAUGCUGUUCUGUUGACCGCCAUCACCUUGUUGCAAAUUGCAAUCUAUGAACGUGGAGUUCAGAAAGUAUCUAAGAUAUCUAUCACGAUAGUAUGUGCUGUGUGGUUAACUGCCGCUGUUUGUUUCUUCGUAGCUCUGCCUAGCCAUUCCUGGCUUUGGCUAAUAAACAUCUUCAACUCAAUUCAAGUUUUUAUGACACUCAUAAAGUAUAUUCCCCAGGCGGUGAUGAACUUUAGGCGAAAGAGUACAGAUGGAUUCAGCAUUGGGAAUAUAUUACUUGAUUUUCUUGGAGGGUGUACAAAUUAUACUCAGAUGAUUGUGCAAUCUAUAGAUCAAAAUUCUUGGGUUAACUUUUAUGGCAAUAUAGGAAAGACGUUGCUAUCUCUGGUGUCCAUUUUCUUUGACCUUCUAUUCAUGUGUCAACAUUAUCUGUUAUAUCCGGCCAAUAAAGCUGCAAUCACUCCCAAACUCAAAAAAGAGAUUUCAGACCCACUUCUCAAGUCCUCCGACAACCCAGAGGUAGAAAAUGUUUAAGACUCAGAAAGCACACAGAUUGUAAUUUGCGAGGAAGAGACCUAUGUUUGAUAUUGUACAAAAAUCAGUCAAAAUCUAGACUGUUUGAUUUUCUCAAUAUUUGUACAGGAAGAACAGUUGGUUAUGAGAUACUGGAAAUUGCCAUUUAAAGUGUGACAUGUAAUUUAAAGAAGCUAUCCAUAAUAAAUUGAGGUAACUAUGUUAUUAUUAAGCAUGUAAAA